AAAUUUCGAGUGAUGAACAUUUCUUAAAAGUAGAAACAGUGAAUAUAAUUUAUAGUUUAAAUUGUGAAAUAUUUUUUCUGACAUAAAGCGGUGACAAAUUCAAGACAAAUUUUUAACUCAAAAUGAACAUAACACUUGACCAAAUCGUCGACAAUCUCGACUUAAUUAUUAACUACAAACAACCAAUCUUCUGGGCAGCUAUUCUUCAUGUAAUAUUCAACCCAGUUUUCUGGAAUGUAGUAGGAAGAUUAGAAAAUAAGUCAAACGCAAUUUCACGCCUGUUUGGAAACGACAAAGAAAAAGCAUGCUACUUUUUUGCGUUUGUUACUUUCACACUUGGACUUACUCGUGACUAUCUCGUAUUCUAUGCCUGUGCUUUGCAACCAAAAAUAACAGAUUUCUUGUCAUAUUAUGCAAAUAUCAAUACACCAACAGAUUUGAUUCAGACAGUUGGAACUUUAUUACUCAUGUAUGGAUCUGUUCUUGUAUUAACCUCAAUGUACAGAUUAGGAAUCACCGGAACAUAUCUUGGUGAUUAUUUUGGCAUUUUUAUGGAAUCUAGAGUUACAGAAUUUCCAUAUAACCUUUAUGAAAACCCAAUGUAUGUUGGCUCAACCUUCUGCUUCUUUGGACACGCUUUAAGAAGCAUGACAGCUUCUGGACUUUUGAUCUCAUGCAUCGUAUGGUUGGUCUACAGAGUUGCAGUGAUGUUUGAAGGGCCAUUCACAGCAAAAAUUUUCGAGGAAAAAGCAAGAAAGGAAUCAGCUAAAAUCAAGUAAAAGUUUUAUUCGUUAAGAAUAAAAAGUUUAUAAACUAUAAAUAAGAACAAAAGCUUUCUCUUAGAAUGUAAUAUUCCAAAACAUAUUAUUAAGUGUAAAUAAAUUUUUAAUCUAUUUU